AUGGUUCCUCGAUUAAAUACCCUCAGAUCGUUGAAUCCAAAGCUACUCCCACACUUUAGUGCUCUUCCUCGAUCUACCCACCAGUAUGGGUUCAAGAACAUUGUGAGUGCUAAAACAUGCCAGGAAAUCAUCGACAGGCUUAAACUCCGGGAAAAAUACCCCAACUCCGAAGAAAAUUUAAAUAUCGUGGACAUAUUUUCCGGAUACGGUCUACUUUCUUCAAUGAUAAAUUAUGAGUUAAAGCCAAAGUCCCACAUAAUCAUCGAUUCAACUAAAGAAAAUGAGAAGAUCUGGAACAGCCGAAUGAGCUUCUUGGAAAGGACAACUGGGAAUGCCGAAAAUUUCAAAUACUAUAAUCUAGAUGGUCAUGCAUGGGAAACUUACGAUCAGAUUUUCAAAAAGGACAAGGCUAUUGAUUUGAAAAUCCAACCAAGAGAGAAAGUUAAUGACGAGUUACUCAUUGUAGCCAACAUUUCAUCGGGAAAGUUUGGAGAAUCACUCUUUGCCCAAUGGAUCAUGUGCUGUGCAUAUCAAAAUUGGUUGCAAAGGUUUGGUCGUGUCAGAAUGAUCUUAUUAGUUCGGGAGUCCACCACUGUAAAAUUCCUUGCGGGCCCAAACUUUUCGAAGCGAAACAGAGCAGCUUUGAAACGAGAUAUGUUUACAGAUGUCGAACUUAUCGCAGUGUCAGAUACCCAGGUUGAUAGUACUGGUAUGGCAGGAGAUGGCUAUGAUCCCAAUCUACUCUUGAAAGACCAGCCACUAGUAAUGACUGGAUCUUCAGUUCUUCCUUCUGGGGGUGACCUAUCUGUUGUUGAAGUUGUGCCCAAACACCUUCCUAGUCUAGAUGUGAAUGCUGUGGAAUAUCUUACCCAAGUCUUUAUGUAUAAAGCAAGCAAUACUAUCAAAGAAUCGUUUAGCAUAUUGGCUCCUGGAGCGGAGGAAGAUUUGGGGCCUCAGCUUUCUACAGAAAUCUUGAACAAAACGGCAAGGCAGCUCUCAAGAGAAGACUUGGAAGCCAUUUACACUGCCUACAAUAAUUGGGCAUUCAAGCCAUCGUAUGAAGAUACACUCAACUUUUUCACGGAGGAAACUAGAAAUUUCUAG